AAAAAAAAAAAAAAACAUUAAGAUAGAUCUAUAUUAUUAGUAUUAUUAAUAUUAAUAAUAAAAUCAUUUUAAAAUAAUAUCAUAUAUAUCUUAUAUAAUACAGUCUAGUCUAGAUCUAAGUUCAAGUCCAAUUAACUGCGUUGCCAUUAAUAGACCAGAUUUAGAAUCUUACAGAUCUAAUACUAAUAACUUUAAUUAAAGUCAGAAAGUUCAUAAUACAAUCACAAUGAAUUUUAUAAAUCAAGUAGCCUUUAUAACCGGGGCUGCCCAAGGUCUAGGAAAAGCUUUUACAGAAGCACUACUAAAGAAAGGUGCAAGGGUGUGUUUCACAGAUAUUCAGGGAGAAAAGGGUCAAAAAGUUGAAAGUGAUUUUAAAGGGAAAUAUGGACAAAAAAAUGUUUUGUUUUUAACCUGCGAUGUGUCGUCAUCUCAAAAUUUAAAAAAUUGCUUCCAAAGAGCUGUGUCGACAUUUGGUGGUGUUGAUAUAAUGGUUAAUAAUGCUGGCAUUGUUGAUGAGGAAAAUUGGAAAAAUGUGAUCAACAUAAACUUGGUUGGUGCUCUAGAAGGCUCCAUGUUAGCAAUUGAACAUAUGAGAACAGAUAAAGGCGGAAAAGGUGGAAAGAUAAUCAACAUUGCUUCUACUGCAGGACUCACAGGAGUUUUUUUCACACCAUUCUACAGUGCUGCCAAGUUUGGGCUUGUUGGAUUUCAUCGAAGCUGGGCAAGCAACCCUUACAUUGGCCAACUUGGUCUGCAAUUUGGAUGUCUUUGUCCUGCCUUCACUGACACAGCCAUUUUAUAUCCAAAAAGCAAAAGCCAGUAUGAUGAUGAUUUCAAAAAAUUCAUUGGCCAAUAUGGAGUGAAUAAAGUGGAGACUGUAGUUGAAGCUUUUCUCAUGUUAGUGGAGUCAGAAAAUUGUAAUCAAGAUAUUAUUACAGUUACUGCACAGGAUGGCAUUCAGUAUCACUACAAAGAAAAUUUAAAGAAAAGUAAUUUAUAGAUGUGUUUACAAAUAAAAAUUUUUCUGAGACAUUGAUUCUGUUAAAAAAAUUAGCUUCAAUGCAUUAUAAUGUGCUCAAAACCAUCUUGGAAUAUAAUUUAUUUACAAGUGAAAUAUAUAUAUAUUUUUAUUUUACAACUUGUAUUCUAUAUUUUAUAAAUUUUUUUAUAUAUGCAAA